UAAAACUUCUAAUAUUGUUAGGUUGAGCUAGAGGAUCCUGUUGAGAAUAUUGGUGCCAAGUUAGUAAGGCAAGCUGCUGCAAAGACCAAUGAUUUGGCUGGAGAUGGCACGACUACAUCUGUUGUUCUUGCUCAAGGUUUGAUUGCUGAAGGUGUGAAGGUUGUUGCAGCUGGUGCUAAUCCUGUUCAGAUCACUCGAGGUAUUGAGAAAACAGCCAAAGCUUUAGUUUCUGAACUCAAGUCAAUGUCCAAGGAGGUUGAAGACAGUGAACUUGCAGAUGUGGCUGCAGUUAGUGCUGGAAAUAACUAUGAAAUAGGAAACAUGAUAGCUGAGGCUAUGAGUAAAGUAGGUAGGAAGGGAGUGGUGACACUAGAAGAAGGAAAAAGCGCAGAGAAUAGCCUUUAUGUUGUGGAGGGAAUGCAAUUUGAUCGUGGUUAUAUUUCUCCUUACUUUGUCACUGACAGUGAAAAAAUGUCAGUUGAAUACGAUAACUGCAAGCUGCUCCUUGUUGACAAGAAGAUCACAAAUGCGAGAGAUUUGAUCCAUAUUUUGGAAGAUGCCAUAAAAGGCGGGUAUGCAAUAUUAAUAAUCGCCGAAGACAUUGAGCAGGAAGCCCUGGCCACUCUUGUUGUGAAUAAGCUUAGAGGAGCUCUCAAGAUUGCUGCACUUAAAGCUCCUGGAUUUGGAGAGCGCAAGAGUCAGUACCUUGAUGACAUUGCAAUUCUUACUGGAGGGACUGUCAUCAGAGAUGAAGUUGGACUUUCUCUGGAUCAAGCAGACAAGGAGGUCUUGGGUACUGCUGCUAAGGUUGUCCUAACCAAAGACUCAACCACAAUAGUUGGUGACGGGAGCACCCAAGAAGAGGUUAACAAACGAGUUGCUCAGAUUCGAACUCUUGUUGAGAAUGCUGAGCAAGAAUAUGAAAAAGAAAAGCUUAACGAGAGGAUUGCUAAACUCUCUGGUGGUGUUGCUGUCAUCCAGGUGGGAGCACAAACAGAAACUGAGCUAAAGGAGAAGAAAUUGAGAGUUGAGGAUGCCCUAAAUGCUACGAAGGCUGCUGUUGAAGAGGGGAUUGUGGUCGGUGGAGGCUGCACGCUUCUUAGGCUGGCAGCAAAAGUUGAUGCUAUCAAGGAUACUCUUGAUGAUGCUGAGCAAAAGGUAGGUGCAGAUAUUGUCAAAAGGGCUUUGAGCUACCCACUGAAACUGAUUGCUAAAAAUGCUGGAGUUAAUGGUAGUGUGGUCACUGAGAAGGUGCUGUCAAGCGAUAAUCUGAAAUAUGGCUACAACGCGGCAACUGGUGCUUAUGAGGAUUUGAUGGCCGCAGGGAUUAUUGACCCCACAAAGGUUGUGAGGUGUUGCUUAGAGCAUGCAGCUUCAGUUGCGAAAACAUUCCUUAUGUCAGAUGUUGUGGUUGUUGACAUCAAGGAGCCUGAGCCUGUUGCUGCGGGGAACCCAAUGGACAAUUCAGGAUACGGUUAUUAGAGAGCUUCGGAAAGGCAAUUGCUAAUGGAAAAUUAAAUUUUCGUGUGCGGUACUGCAAUUGAAGCCGGUAGCAAACCUUUUUUGUAAAUUUGAUCCUAAUGUCAUUCUAGCAUGGAGUGUUGAUUCAGAUUUAUAAAUGACUGAGAGUAAAAGCUAAACUUAUAUUUUGCGGCAAUGGGUUGAGAGUGUAAUCAAGAUUUGGUUCUCUUGUUAUAGCGAACAAAUAAUUUCUCCUGGCUAUUUAGUUGGUGAAAUUGUUAGAUUGAUGAAUCAGUCUGCAGUUCGGAAAA